GGGAUGUUUGGAUCAGUUUGGAACAUUACAUGAAAUAGGGGAAACCUGGAGCACAGUUGAUCCUUGUCUACUGUUCCACUGUACUACUGGAGGAAUAACUACCGAACGGAUCCGCUGUGAUGAUACGAUCCCACCCCAUAUUGGCUGCCUAGAGUACACCCCAAAGGGGGAAUGUUGCCCAAAAUGGAACUGCAGUGGGUGUGUUGACUAUACUGGCACAUACCAUCCACUGUAUGAUGUCUGGAAGACUGACCCCUGCACCACACACCUGUGUACGAAGAAUGGUAUCGAAACCACAAGAGAAAAAUGUGAUCUGGGACCUGCGCCCCAUCAUAGCUGUGUGAAAGUUACUCCUCCAGGAGAAUGUUGCCCUGAGUGGGAGUGCAGGGGCUGCUUGGAUCAGUUUGGAACCUUGCAUGAAAUCGGGGAAACCUGGAGCACAGUUGAUCCUUGUCUACUGUUCCACUGUACUACUGGAGGAAUAACGACCGAACGUAUACACUGUGAAGACUCGAGCGCACCCCAUAUUGGCUGUCUGAAAUAUACCCCAAAGGGUGAAUGUUGCCCACAAUGGAACUGCAGUGGGUGCGUUGACCGCUAUGGCACCUACCAUACACUGUAUGAUGUAUGGAAGACAGAUCCCUGCACCACACACUUGUGUACGAAGAAUGGCAUCCAGACCACUCGGGAAGACUGUGACACGGGACCUGCACCUCAUCCUAGUUGUGUGAAAAUUACUCUUCCAGGAGAAUGUUGCCCAGAUUGGAAUUGCAGGGGCUGUUUGGAUCAGUUAGGCAAAUUACACGAAAUAGGGGAGGCCUGGGACUCGGUUGACCCCUGCCUAGUAUUCCACUGUACUACUGGAGGAAUAACUACGGAACGUAUACACUGUAAUGACACGAUCCCGCCCCACAUUGGCUGUCGAGAAUACACGCCAAAGGGAGAAUGUUGCCCAAAAUGGAACUGCAGUGGGUGUGUUGACUAUACUGGCACAUACCAUCCACUGUAUGAUGUCUGGAAGACUGACCCCUGCACCACACACCUGUGUACGAAGAAUGGUAUCGAAACCACAAGAGAAAAAUGUGAUCUGGGACCUGCGCCCCAUCAUAGCUGUGUGAAAGUUACUCCUCCAGGAGAAUGUUGCCCUGAGUGGGAGUGCAGGGGGUGCUUGGAUCAGUUUGGAACAUUACAUGAAAUAGGGGAAACCUGGAGCACAGUUGAUCCUUGUCUACUGUUCCACUGUACUACUGGAGGAAUAACUACCGAACGGAUCCGCUGUGAUGAUACGAUCCCACCCCAUAUUGGCUGCCUAGAGUACACCCCAAAGGGGGAAUGUUGCCCAAAAUGGAACUGCAGUGGGUGUGUUGACCAUACCGGCACAUACCAUCCACUGUAUGAUGUCUGGAAGACUGACCCCUGCACCACACACCUGUGUACGAAGAAUGGUAUCGAAACCACAAGAGAAAAAUGUGAUCUGGGACCUGCGCCCCAUCCUAGCUGUGUGGAAGUUUCUCCUCCAGGAGAAUGUUGCCCAGAGUGGAAGUGCAG